GUGGAGACCGCCAGCUCCUUCCGCCUCUAAGAUUUAGCGAUAUUUUAUGGGUCGCGGGGUAGGACAGCUCUUUGAUCUUUAUAUCCUUCUAACCGAAUUCAGUCGUUCAUGGCUACUGUGUAUCAUACUCCUUGGCCUCCUUGGUGCUCGCAGGGGUGGUGACGGUCUUAUCUCUUCGGACGACUCAAUCUCGAAUUAGCAGAGAAUCCCUCCGAUCUCUCCCAACUCUUGGAUUCCCACUACUUCGCAUUCCUCACAAUGUCGACGAUACUUUCCCCCAGCGCAGAAGCCGCCGCUCGCACAGAAAUAGACAGCAGGACUUCUGGCACUUCACCCGGUAUUCCUGGCCUUGUUUACUGCGCCGUAAACAAGGACGGAGAGAUCAUCUUCAGCCACGCCUCCGGUAAGACGGGUCUCGGUAACAAGACCCCAAUGACUCUGGACACGACGUUUUGGAUAGCUUCGUGUACGAAGUUAAUCACGAGUAUCGCUGUUAUGCAGCUGGUCGAGAAAGGGAAAAUAUCCUUGGAUGAUUCCAGUCAGAUCGAAUCUCUUGCGCCGGAGUUAAGAGAUGUUCGGGUCCUGGAGCGGGCUCCUGAUGGCGACUUUUGCCUGGUGGAGAAGGAUAGAGCUAUCACGAUGCGGAUGUUACUAUGUCAUACAUCCGGCUUCGGAUAUGCCCAUGAGGACCUCAAGUUACGCGACUGGUCUCGUCCCAUCGGCAUCGACGACUUUUCAGGCCAUGAAAACGACGUCCUGCAUCUCCCACUCGUUAAUCAGCCUGGAACCCGUUUCCAAUACGGUGUCGGAUUAGACUGGGCAGGUGUCCUCGUUGAGCGGGUAACAGGCCUGUCACUAGAAGAUUAUUUCCAAACGUUCAUUCUCCAACCUUUGGGGAUCGAGAAUAUCUCUUUCUUUCCAAAUGCUAAGAUGAAGGCUAACCUGGCUUUUAUGCAUCAACGAGGAAAGGAUGGGUCAUUGAGCGUCACGGAUCAUGUCUUUCGAUAUCCUUUCCUUCCUCCUAGAUCUGGAAAGGAAAGGCGCUUUUGUAUGGGUGGUGCAGGUUGUUUUGGGAAUCCAGUUGAGUACUGCCGUAUGAUUCGUCUAAGUGGGAAAAGUAACGUAACUUGAUGGAUAGAAGAUGCUGAUAGAAAGCGUCUAGGGAUUCUAGCUCUUCUGUUAAACGAUGGGACGAGUCCACACACUGGCGUGCAGAUUCUCAGACCAGAAACAAAACUUUCCCUAUGGUUCCUACUGCCGAUGACUUAACUGAGGGAUGGGGGCUAUCGUUCUCUUUGAGCCAUACGAAAAGUCCAACUGGAAGCGCAGUAGGGUCGGCCUCCUGGUCAGGGAUAGCGAAUUUGUUCUGGUUUGCUGACCGACAGAAUGGAAUUGGUGGAAUGGUUGCGUCGCAAAUUCUUCCUUUUGGAG